CUCAUUCUGGAGGUAAAGUUCUCAACAUCACAACACCUGGAGGUCGAGUGAUUGCCACUACAACCAAGGCAACGAACGUGGUUACUGUAAAUCCGAAAACUCUUCACUUGACUUCAGUGAAGUCAGGACUGGGUAGUACAACAGUGUCCAAACCAAAUGUGAUUGUUGUACAGAAGACGCAGCACACACGUUUUCAGAGUCCUUUAGGGCAAGGAGGAACUAAUAUAAGAACUAUCACAUCAUCUCUGCCUGGAGCCAUUGACAAGGAACUCAUGGGCCUAGUUCACAAGGACUCCCAAGGUCGACAUGUACUGACAGCAUCUAGUCCUUCCAUCACCACAACUAGCACCAGCAGAGGUGGGGAGAGGAGGGUCAUCAUCACCACCAGUGGAGGUGGUGGAGAAGUGAAACAGCCUGUGUCAAUUAUUCACCGUGGUCGAGCAGACAGUGAAGGGAAGACCUCGUCCUUGCUGGCAGAACUGAUUCAAGCAGCUGGAAUCAUGCCAUCUGAUGGAGUUGUCGAAACUGCAGCUCAAGGUACAGAUCCAUAUGACUUUGACAACACAGAAGGCUUGGCUCAGCUGAGCACAGCAGCAGUUUCGCUGGCAACACCGACCACUGCUUCUCACCAGAUCAGUCGACUGCCUUUGCAGUGGCAUACCCAGCAUGAUGGUGGAAAGGAUGAAAAAGAUGCAUAUGGGAAAGGAAGUGAAAGGAGGGAAAGUCAGGACAGCGAACUGGGGACAGAGCAAGUGUUUACUAUAGAACCAGGCAUAUCACUUCUAAACAAGGAGGGUGUAAACCUGGAAGUGGAGCAUAUACCAGCAUCAUCGGUUUCAUCUACACAUCCUGUCCCAUUCGCCCCAACACCCAUCAUUCCUUCUAUAUCACAGUUACUUACUCAACCUAAGGUCAGACAUCCCCAUCUUGUGUUUAUGUUAUGGCUGAAAGAAGGUCAGCUGGAUACUCAGACCGGGCUGUUUUGCAAGGUGACGGCUGCGGAGAAAUACAUCAAUGCUAGCAAAGUAGCACAUUCGGCUGCACCCCAAGUUCUACCAGUUGCAUCUUUACAACCUUCUUCUGUGACCUCACUUCUAAUACAGGCUGAGCCACGACCAUCUUCAUCCUCAUCCUCACUUUCCCUUACUCAUCCUCCUUUGGACCUUCUGAGUAGUUCGCUGGCGGAAGCUCAGAUCAACCUUGAUUCAUUUAAUGACGAUGAUGAUGAAUAUGAGGAGGAAGAUGAUUUGGAGGAUGAUAGCAAUGACCAGGGGCUGGAUGAAGCCCAGACUCAUUUACCUGUUGCCUUGGGAGGUCAGAUAAUCGGGGAGCCUGUUGUUGCUACCAGGCCCGGGAUGGCAGAGGUUUUGAGGGAAGAGACAGCCAAGGAUGGUACCAGAAUUCUGACUGUCUCAAACCCAGCAUCAUCACAACAAGAGGUGGCAGUCAUCCACAGCAAUAUGUUGGUGUCUUUACCUUCCCAGCUGAGCAGGUCCUCAUCUCUACCUCCUUCUGUGGCAGCAUCAUCAUCAUUGUCAUCCCCUGCCUCAGCAUAUAUCACCAUCCAGGAGGUGACACGGGCUGCCAUGAGCAAAGCCCCUGCCACUGUCAGUGUUGUGUCACAUGGACCAGCAGCCACUUGCCAGAAAUCAAACUCACAGACCAGUGUGUUGCCGAUUGCAGUCAGUGUUGAGCCAUCGCCUUCAGUUAUUACAUUGAAACUGGAUGAUCUGACAAAUAGAACAGAACCAGAUGAGGACCAGAGGAAGAAAGUUGUGGGAAAGGAUGCAGUAGUAGUUAGUACCGUCAAGUUAAAAGAACCUGAAGUCAAAGAUGUCUUGACAGCUCCCCCACGGCAGGAACCAGUUGUCAGUCAUCCUGACGAUGUGACCACAGCAGGAAGUAGCGAUGCUGACACACACAGUGAUGGCCCUGUAUCUUCGGACCAGUCAGCAUUAGUGCGAAGCAGUAAACGGAAGCGCAAACAUCCUUCAGGCUUAGAGGAACCCUUGCAAUCUACAGCUUCUGGCAGCUGGGUUAAGGUUGCUGCCAGCUUGCUCUUGAAAGUGGCCAGGUUUAAAGGUUCUCCUAGAGACAAAAAUGAUAUUCCAGCUGCUGAAUGGUUUACAUUUCCUGUGGAUCCUCUAGAUGCUCCUGACUACUACACAGUUGUCCAGACACCAAUGGAUUUCUCAACAAUGAGGAAGAAGCUGGAGACUGGACAGUACAGCACAUUUGAAGAUUUCCAGCUGGACAUGGAUCUGAUCAGAACCAACUGUUACCUGUACAACAGUGAGGGCACCAGAGUCCGCAGGGACUGUGAUGAGGUCAUGGUCUUCUAUAAGUCUGAACUAGCUAAGCUUCAGGACAAACAGCUCAACAAGGCUAUCAUACAAAACUCUUCUCCACUGAAACGACCCAAACCUGAGGACAAAAUUUCUCAGAAACAACCGAGUUAG